AGCGGGCAGGGAUAGGAGCUGCAGGCGGAGAGAGAGCAAUGGCGAGAUGAGUCCCAGUGGAGCUCCUACACUUCCAGCAACAACAGGCACUCCAGGUGGCUCGUCAAUUCCUGCUCCAGCAGGCAACCGGACUGAAUUCACCAGGGGCCAAUGAGGCCAAGCAAUCCACAGUACAGGUGCCGGUGUCCGUGGCCAUGGUGUCUCCUCAGAUGAUCACUCCCCAGCAGAUGCAACAGAUCCUCUCCCCGCCCCAGCUUCAGGCCCUGUUGCAGCAACAGCAGGCAAUUAUGCUCCAGCAGCUACAGGAAUAUUACAAGAAGCAGCAAGAGCAGCUGCACCUGCAGCUCCUCACCCAGCAGCAAGCAGGGAAGCAGCAACCCAAAGAGGCUCUAGGGACCAAACAGCUGGCCUUCCAGCAGCAGCUCCUCCAGAUGCAACAGCUGCAGCAGCAGCACCUGCUCAGUCUGCAGAGGCAAGGGGUUGGUGGGUCUGCAGCACCGGACAGGCCAGCGGCCCCCUCCAGGACCCUCCCACAAGCUGUGUGCCCCUCGGACUUGCCACAGCUGUGGAAGGGGGACGGGGCGGCCCCAACCACCGAGGAUGGCAUCAAACAGGAGGGGCUGGACCUCACGGGUCCCGCUGCCGCCACAGCCCCCAACGCUACCCUCUCGCCCCUGCCAAGGUCUCGCCCCCCCCUCUCCCAUCACGCCCUGCCCAAUGGUCAGGGCCCCACGCCCACACCCCGCAGAGACAGCUCCUCCCAUGAGGAGAACCCCGGCUCCCACCCGCUCUACGGGCAUGGGGAGUGCAAGUGGCCUGGCUGUGAGAUCCUCUGUGAAGACCUCUCCCAGUUUGUCAAACACCUCAACACCGAGCACGCCCUCGAUGACCGCAGCACAGCACAGUGCCGGGUCCAGAUGCAGGUGGUCCAUCAACUGGAGAUCCAGCUAGCCAAGGAAAGCGAGCGUCUGCAGGCAAUGAUGGCCCAUCUGCACAUGAGACCUUCCGAGCCAAAGCCCUUCAGUCAGCCACUGAAUCUGGUGUCUGGGGCCCCCCUGUCCAAGGUGGCCAUCUCGACUGCAGACUCAUUCCCCGACGGCCUGGCUCAUCCCCCCACUUCGGCUGCUGCCCCAGUCACCCCCCUGCGGCCCCCAGGCCUCAGUUCUGCUGCCCUGCAUGGGGGUGGCCCUGCCCGCAGGAGAAGCACUGACAAGUUUUGCACCCCCAUUUCCUCUGAGCUCGCCCAGAAUCACGAGUUCUACAAAAACGCAGAUGUUCGACCGCCCUUCACCUAUGCCUCCCUCAUUCGCCAGGCCAUCCUGGAGACCCCAGACCGGCAGCUGACCCUGAACGAGAUCUACAACUGGUUCACCAGGAUGUUUGCCUAUUUCCGCAGGAACACGGCCACCUGGAAGAACGCCGUCCGCCACAACCUGAGCCUGCACAAGUGCUUCGUGCGGGUGGAGAACGUCAAAGGCGCUGUGUGGACGGUGGACGAGAACGAGUACCAGAAGCGGAGGCCACCAAAGAUGACCGGGAGUCCAACCCUCGUCAAAAACAUGAUUUCGGGACUCAGCUAUGGAGCACUGAAUGCCAGCUACCAGGCCGCCCUGGCCGAGAGCAGCUUCCCCCUCCUGAACAGCCCUGGGAUGUUGAACCCCGGCUCCACCAGCAGUCUCCUGCACCUCGGCCAUGACGACGUGAGCAGCACCGUGGACUCCCUGGCCAGCAAUGGCAGCAGCAGCCCCCCCCGCCUCUCGCCCCCACAGCACAGUCACCAGGUGCAGGUGAAGGAAGAGCCAGCUGAGCCUGAGGAGGACAGCCGGCCUGGCCCCCCGCUGGCCCCCAACCCUAGCGCCGCUGUCACCGUCACUGCCAUCGAGGACAGGGACCUGGAGGAAGAGCUGCCGGGGGAAGAGCUGUUGUGGAUGAGUGCCGACAGCCAGCUCUGCUCUCCCUCUCGUCAGGCGGAUGGGUGCCCACAACCAGCACUACUCGCCUCGUCAUCAGGCGGAUGGGCACCGACAGCCAGCUCUGCUCGCCCCCUCAUCAGGGGGAUGGGCGCCCACAACCAGUUCCGGUCUCCCCCUCAUCAGGCGGAUGGGCGCCCACAACCAGUCCUGCUCUCCUUCUCGUCAGGCGGACAGACUCUCCCAGUCAACGCUGGUCUCCCCCUCGUCAGGCAGACGGUGUCCACAGUCAGCUCUACUAUCCCUUUUGUCAGGAGGAUGGGCUCCCACAACCAACUCUGGUCUCCCCUUUGUUAGGGAGAUGGGCUCCCCCAGCCUGCUCUGGUGUCCCCCUCAUCAGGCAGACGGGCUCACGCAGCCAGCACUGUUCUCCCCAUUGUCACCCCAGCAGUGACAGACAGACUCAACAGGACUUGAGGAGACUUGCAUUUUCCCCCCUGCCCCCUAAUCCAGAGUGGGCAGGGAGCCCAACCAGGAGCUCCAGCUAAGACCAUCCCCAUCACCCCUUCCCCAUCACCCCUCCACCUGUUCCCCCUGCUCCCAUCCCUUUCCACCCCUCCUCCCACCAGCAUCAGCAGCACGCUCCUCCCCCCACCCCACAUGCUUCCAUCCCCCAGCUUGUAACUCCACUUUGAGUCCCCUAAGAUGUGGGGAUGGAGUCAGUCCACAUACACAGCAACCCAGAGACCCCUCUCAGCCACCAGCUGGCUUUGCACUAAGAAAUAUCUGCUCACUUCCACCCCCACUUGGCUGUCAUCGCCCCCUCCAGCUCCCCCAAAGGAGCCUGAGCCAACCAGCCAGGGGGUCUUCUCAGAUCUGUGUGCCACCCACCCCAUACUGUGAAAAACUCUGCCAGACCCCUCACCCAGUCUGUGCUGAUGCCCCCACCCCCUUCCCCCAGCUUGGCCAGCCCGGUGGGAGACGAGGGGCUGUCCUGAGGGCAGCCCAGAUGGGGAGAGGGUCGGGGAGCAGGGAUUGUCUGGUGGGGGGCGGGGCAGACAUGCAGUUGGACCCCUUCAGUUAGCCUUACCAGCGGUGAGUGGCAGCUGAAUUUCCUUCCAUCCCCCUGGGACCCAGGCUCAGGCCCAGCCCCUCUCCUCCCACCCUUGAUCGGGGGUCUGGAAGUAUGACCUGAAGGGUCAGUGUAAGCAUCUCCCUCCACCCCACUGUCUACCACCCCCCUCCACCCCUCACCCCCUACCAGCUUUCUGGCUCUGGCCCUGUCUGCAGGAGAUGAGACCCCUACUCCUCCUCUCGACAUCCAGUCGGGAGGUAGAGGGUGACCCCUGACAAGGGGAAUGGGUGACAGAAGAAGGACCCUCAAACCCUCAGCAUCCUGCUCCCAUCACCUCCUGCUCUGCCCUCUCUCCGGGUAACCCCUCCCCAUCCCGGGACCCCUGGUUACCAAUGACCAAAGACCUUUCUUAUGCUAGAAGCAGAAACCAAAACUUUUUGUUUCUUCC